GAAGAAGAGCGCAAAACACGCCUACAGCUCUAUGUGUUCAUUUCGAGGUGUAUCGCGUAUCCAUUCAAUGCCAAACAGCCAACGGACAUGACGAGGCGACAGAUGAAGAUCACGAAACAGCAGCUGGAGACCCUCUGCUCUCGCUUUCAGAGCUUCCUGAAAGGCGAGACGCAGAUAAUCGCCGACGAGGCCUUCCACAACGCCAUCCAGAACUACUUUGACGUGUUCCUCAAGUCGGAGCGGGUGGUGCGCAUGGUGCAAAGCGGUGCUUGCUCGCAGCACGACUUCCGCGAGGUAUUCAGGAAUAACAUCGAGAAGCGUGUUCGGAGCCUCCCGGAAAUCGACGGUCUGAGCAAGGAGACGGUGCUCGCCUCGUGGCUAGCCAAAUUCGACUGUAUAUUCAAGGGCACGGGCGACGAGGACAACAAGCGGCCCUCGCGCAUGCAGCAGCAGUCGCUCAAUUCCGAGCUCAUACUGUCGAAGGAACAGCUCUACGAUAUGUUCCAGCAGAUACUUGGCGUGAAGAAGUUCGAGCAUCAAAUAUUGUUCAAUGCCCUCCUGUUGGAUUCGGCCGACGAGCAGGCCGCAGCCAUCAGGAGAGAAUUGGACGGCCGCGUCCAGAAGGUCAACGAGAUGGAGAAGAAUCGCAAGCUCAUGCCGCGAUUCCUUCUGAAGGAGAUGGAGUCGCUUUACAUCGAGGAGCUGAAGACGUCCAUCAACCAGCUAAUGGCUAACUUGGAAUCCCUACCGGUUUCCAAGGGUUCGAUAGACGGCAAAUACGGUUUGCAGAAGCUGAAACGCUACAAUCACCGUGGCGAUCGCUCCCGCCCCCGUAACCAAAGCUCCUUGGUAAACGACUCCGCGGACUCGGAGCCCAUACUGACCAAAAUGGACGUUGCCCUCUCGUUUCCGCUUGAGGUCAUCGUCAUGGAGGUCAAGGGCAUCAAGAGUCUCGCGCCUAACCGGAUCGUUUACUGCACCAUGGAAGUCGAAGGCGGCGAGAAGCUGCAGACUGAUCAGGCCGAAGCGUCCAAGCCCAUGUGGGACACACAAGGCGACUUCACGACGAUGCACCCGCUGCCGAUCGUGAAGGUACGCUUGUACACGGAGAACCCGUCGAUGCUGGCUUUGGAAGACAAGGAGCUCGGAAAGGUGUUCCUGAAGCCGACACCCCUGUCGAGCAGAGCUCCCGAGUGGCAUCGGCUGACGGUGCCGCGAAGCGCCCCCGAUCAGGACCUGCGAAUCAAGAUAGCCUGCCGCAUGGACAAGCCGCUCAACAUGAAGCACUGCGGUCACCUCUACGCCAUCGGCAAGUCCGUGUGGAAAAAGUGGAAAAAGCGAUACUUUGUAUUGGUCCAAGUCUCACAGUACACCUUUGCGAUGUGCUCGUAUAAAGAAAAGAAAAGCGAGCCGUCGGAAAUGAUGCAGCUGGAUGGCUUUACAGUUGACCAUAUAGAAUCGCAUUCCGCUUAUCUAAUGGCCGGUCAGGACUUGCAGGACGGAAAGUACUUUUUCAACGCCGUCCGUGACGGAGACAAUGUAGUCUUUGCGGCGGACGACGAGAACGAGUGCCACCUGUGGGUUACCGCCAUGUAUCGGGCGACGGGCCAGUCGCACAAGCCAACGCCACCCGUCUCGGUGGCCAACAAAAAUUCCACCAUCAGCAAGAUCCAGGGAGACACGGAUCGCGCCAAGAAGCACGGCAUGGAGGACUACAUCAGCGCCGAUCCCUGCAAAUUCGACCACGCGAGCUUGUUCAAGUUUUUGCAGAAUUUAACGCUCGAUUACAGACUCAACGAUCCUUACUGCUCGCUCGGUUGGUUCUCGCCGGGCCAGGUCUUCGUUCUCGACGAGUAUUGCGCCAGAUACGGGGUGCGCGGUUGUUACCGGCACAUUUGCUACCUCAGCGAUUUGCUCGAUCGAGCGGAGCGAGGCAUAAUGAUCGAUCCAACCCUGAUCCACUACAGUUUUGCCUUUUGCGCCAGUCACGUUUACGGUAAUAAACCCGACGGCGUCGCAUCCAUAACGCACGAGGAAAAGGAUAAAUUUCAGGAAGUCAAGGAACGCCUGAGGCUACUGCUCGAGAAGCAAAUAACAAACUUUAGGUUCAGCUUCCCAUUCGGUCGGCCCGAGGGUACAUUGAAAGCUACGUUGUCUUUGUUAGAAAGAGUUCUAAUGAAGGACAUCGUCACUCCAGUGCCACCCGAGGAGACCCGCAACAUGAUCAAGGCUUGCCUGGAGACCGCGGCCCACGUCAACUACGAGAGGCUCUCGACCGAGGCUAAAAUUGGCGAGGAUCUCAAUGGAGACGUAAACGUUCCUCCCAGCAAAAAGCUGGAGGAUUUGAUACAUUUAGCCGAGCUAUGCGUCGAUUUGUUGCAGCAAAACGAGGAACACUAUUCGGAGGUAGCGUUCGCCUGGUUUAGCGACCUCCUGGUGGAGCACGCCGAGAUCUUCUGGGCGCUCUUUGCUAACGACAUGAACCAAGUCCUCGCCGAACAACCGCCCGACACUUGGGAUAGCUUUCCGCUCUUCCAAGUGCUCAACGAUUACCUUAGAAUGGAUGAUAAUCUGAGGGACGGGCGGUUCCAUCAGCUUCUGAGGGACACAUUCGCUCCACUGGUGGUUCGCUACGUGGAUCUCAUGGAAACGUCCAUCGACCAAUCUAUCCACAAAGGCUUCGACAAAGAGCGCUGGGAGAUCAAAGGCAAUGGCUGCGCCACCUCGGAGGAUCUAUUCUGGAAACUCGACGCCCUUCAAUCUUUCAUCAGCGGUCUUCAUUGGCCGGAUCAAGAGUUCAGGGUCCACUUGGAACAGCGUCUCAAAUUGAUGGCUUGCGACAUGAUGGAGGCUUGCAUUCAGAAGACCGACACGGCGUUCCAGCAGUGGCUCAAGAAAGGUAUGACCUUCAGCUCGGCGACGGAUUACAUCAUACCCUCGGAAAUGUGCGCCAUGGUUAACGUUAUCUUGGACGCGAAAAACCAGAGUUUUAAGCUCUGUACGAUCGAUGGCGUCGACGUGCAUCAAUACCACUCGAAAAUUGACAACAUGAUUGAAACGACACUGGCCGCCAUGUCCCAAGGAAUGAUUAACAAGCUCGUCAGUAUUCUUGAAGCUACCCUAUCGAAAUUAUCACGCUACGACGAGGGUUCGUUGAUCGGAUCGCUGCUCAGUUUUACGAAAGUAUCAGGCAGCGGCAAAGAAUUGGGUCAUGCGUAUGUUAGUUUUACGAGAAACAGUACCGAGCAGAUUCGCAGUAAGGUCAUCGAUGAAUUGUGGAUAUUGAACUUUUUCGAGCAAUGGUACACAGCCCAAGUGAGCUUGUUGUGCAAUUGGCUGACUGAACGCAUGGAUCACAGUUUGCACGUAUUUCAAUGCACCUGCCUCGCUCACGUCGUCAAGAAAGUCUACUCCGACUUUGAGCUUCAGGGAGUCAUGGAGGACAAACUGAAUUCGAAAACGUACCAGACUAUAGCUCAGAGAAUGCAGACCGAGGAAGCAACUUGUGCCUUAAGCAUGAACUCGCAAAAUGAUGAGGGACUGUCGGAGAACGGUAACGACGACGAAGUAGAAAGGCCCAAGACUAAGGUCACGAUAGUCGAGAAUCUGACGGGCGAAGACGGCAUAAGCAUCAGCAACGUCACGUCGAACGUAGCCAGCCGCGUGGGUAGCAUGUUCGAGAAGGGAAUUGGCGGCCUUUCGACCAAGUUCGGUGGAGCCACUAGCUGGUUCUAAGGAGGCUUCGAUCGACAAUUUGACUACAGCCUGUGUGAUUGAUAAGAAUGUUCCUUUGAACAUCAGUCUAUUAUUACUGAUGUUUGAAAAUCGAUGAAUUUUUCCACGAAAUUCGAAAGAUGUAUGAAAUUUUCAGUGACUGGACGCUGAGAUACUUUACCUGUAGUUCAAGUCAAACUACUAAAAUGCAAUGGAAAACGAAUAACGAAAACAAAAUUUCGAUGUUCGUUAAGAAUAAUACAUCGUGCACGAUCGAUCGUUGAUGUUUGUUAGACGCCUGUGUCCUUUCGUUAAGUGAAAAAUUGCUCGAAUUGCGUCAUUGCCGUUCUUUUGACAGAUACAAGUUUGCCGACUAAAGAGUCGAAAAAUAAAAACAAGAGAUGUAGCGCGACGUUUGAAAGUAUUUCUCUUACUCUCUAUCUCUGAUAAUCCAUAAUGUAAAUGCAUCAUUGGAUGCCGCUCGAAUGCGCCUGUGACGUGUAAAUGUUUAGACAGAAUUUGCCAAGAUGUUGCUCAAGUAAUAUCAAUUGCGAUUGCGUAAGAAACGUGGAUAGGUAUGUAGUUAUAAUUAACGGCAGGAUAUAAAAUGAAAUAAAUUUAUGUGCUCACCGUAUGUUUUAUGUGAGGAAAUUAAAUAUACAUGUAUGCACUGAUGUUAAGGAUAAAAGAGGAAUUACCGGUUAAGGGCUAAGGGUAUGAAAAAAUGGGUCAAGUCUAGACUAAAAGUAUAAACAAAUGAUAAUAUUAUAUAGUGUAUAUAAACACACAUUACAUCUGUAACGUAAAAAAUGGGAAACCAACACGACGUGACGCGUUGUCUCAUUCGACUAACGCCUAAUGAUAUAAAGUGAACAUUUUCCUAUUUAGAAAGUAUAUCGAUUUAUUAAUUUAUAGAUUCGUGAUUUUUAAAUGAAACGAUUUUUAAUGCUUACGUUGUUUCAAUAAAUGAUAACAUUUUGAUUAACAGUAAAUUUGAUCGUUAUCCUUUCAAAAUAUGAAAAAAAUAUAAAUAUUUAGAAAACUAAAGUGCUGCAAAUUGUCUGUUGCAGUAUUGUAUUGUACGAUAAUUGUGAUGAAUUAACCAAAUAUGAGCAAAAAAUACCAAUAACAAUAUCGCGGAUUGAUAAAAAUCCAAACAAAAAAAUCACGUUAAAAAAGAUUCAAACGCGUUUAAUACACGAGCGGUGUAGUUUAUUGCGCUCGUAAGUUUCUGCUAUGCUUCUUUACUAGUACAGCGAUUGAUUUUUUUUUCAUAAAAGAGCAACUUCGUUUUUCUAUGAAUCUCUCUCUAAUGCGAUUUCUCGCGACGACGGUUAACAAAAAAAAAUUGAGGCGAAAUAAUAACGCGCGCCUGCGCGCACAUGCCGGCCAAUAUAAACGUGAGUUUGUAGACUCAGAGUGAUAGUAGAAUGUACUUCUUUAUCUCUAUACGAUGAAAUACAAUAAUUAUCUUAUAAUAAUAACAAUAAUUAUUAAUAAUGUAGACCAAUUCGACGGUCAAAAUCGACGUAAAAAGUUUGAGACUUUAACGUUCCAAGCUAUUUUUCUCAUCAAAUAAAAAUUAAGUUAUAAUAAAUUUGCGCUCAUCAAACGUGUAUGGCGGCCUUUUUCAUUUUGAAUUCAAGAUACAGAAAAAACGAUGAAAAACGAACGAAAACAGAAUUUUUCACGAUAGCCAUCGUAGUUUUUUACGCAAUAAUUAAAUUAUAAUGAUAAUAAUAUUAAAUAAUAAUAAUGGUAUAGUUGUAAUAUACGAUAGCUACGCAGUUUUGGUUGAGGAAGUCAUGAAAAAAGUGGUGUCUCGAGGAAAGCGAAAACGUCGUUCAGAAUCCGGUCCAUGUUAUAUAAUAAUAAAUGAGAUAUUUGAACCGUGGCACCUUGGGUAAGAGCUGCAAUAAAUAUUACAGUUUAAUUUUUUUAGAAGUAAAAUAAUAAAUAAAGACAUAGCAGAAACGAUCGAAGCGCCGUCAUAGUUUAAGAAAAUUAUGAUUGGGAUGACAAGAAGUAUGUAACAGAGGGACAUAUGACGAUUGAAGACUAUAAAACGAAAAAACGGUCGGUGCCUUUAUAAAUUUGAAUGAACUUAUAUUACUACUGUUUUUCGUAUCAAUGAUAAAUGAUAAAAUUGUGAAAAUAGAUAAUUAGCUAUUUUAACGUUCAUUUAAAAUCAGCUUUAAGAUCUGCACACUUGAUUAAAAUUAAUUAUGAGGUAAAAAACGAAGCAAGUUUGUAAAAAUGAUGGGGUACGGUAGAGAUGUUCUGUAUGUACAAGAUUCAGACGGUAUAUUUGCGUGUUUACAGUUACUUUAAAAUUAUUUAAUUUUCUUCGCUCUAGGCACUGAAAUAAUUUCGCUUUUACGGUCUUCCGAAAAUUAAGGCACGCUCGAUCAAACAAAACAAAAAAUACAUUUAGAUAUAUGUCCUUGCACCAUCCGCACGGUAAAAAAGAAAUCAAUGACGAUGAAACAAACGAAACAUCAUUCGCUAUUAAGCAAACUACUAAGCUAUUCUAUCGACUAUAACAAAAAUGCAAUAUAUCUCAAUAUUUUGUGAACUACUAUCACACACUUUUCAUCGAAUUUUAAUGUUUUGUUCAACGAACGACCGGUUUGAUUGAUACAAUUCCAAUUUCCAAACUGGACAUGUCAACGCUUAAUGGUUAAUUAUCACGAGAACAAUUAAAUCAUAUUGCCUAUAUGUAAAUGUGUAAUAUGACGAAUGUAUCAAAUAGGGUUGAGCAAAGUAAUAUAUUAUAUACAAAGUAUCAGGUGUAAACAACAAGUGUAAAUAUAAUACAAAAUAAUAAAAUUAGAGAGAAAAAUAUUGCUUAUUCAGAAACUUGUUUAAGGACGCACUUUUGUAUAAUGACGUUGUAAAAGUAUUCAAGACAGUAUAAAGUUGCGAAGGUGAGUGUACUGUGCGUGGACCAGAGUUUGCAACCGCUUUUUACCUAUAAUCUAUAUUCUAUAAGUGUUCAUUCAUUGUGUGAGCAUUAUCCGACUGCUUGAUACUUGCAAAGUUUUCGUUACCCUUUUCAGGCUAGAUCUACUUUGUAAGGUUUGAAAAAGCCCAAAAUUCAAUAUUACGAGUGCGUCAAAGUAGGACUUUGUGCGCGGCUAGCGUGAUUUUCGAUCUGUCGCAUCCACGUGCGAAAAAGACAAUAUUCCACGCUCGCCGUUGCGCACCGCGACUUCCAACUAGCUAGAUCUGCGGUUGUUGCACUUUUAAAACGUACAGCGACACCCAUCACUUCAAAGCGUAACACUCAAUCAGCCGUGCUGUGUUAUUAAUGAGAAAGAAAAAAGGUACCCAGCAAACGUAUUAUUUCAAUCGCUUUGCUAAUUGAUGAACAACUUGUAAUACGACUCGAUAUAGUUUAUUAAUGGAAAAUACCUACUUUUUUCUUUUGACAGAAGUAAAAAACGACGAGAGAAGCGCUUUUGAGACAAAGCAUAUGAUUUAUGUGGCGUUCACUUUUUUAAAAGCAUAACAUUCCUGACGAUCAGUAUUGAAAUUUUCUCCUUUAAACUUUUACGGGACGUUUUCAAAUUUUCGAUGUUAAGCGGUCAACUACUAAAACUAUAAUCCAGAAAAAUUUAUAGCCUCUUGUGAAUUUCUAUACGUAUCUAUAAAUAAAUAGAGAGAUAUAGAACUUUAGGGAGUCUAAAUAGUGAUUGGCCUAGCUGAAGAAACACAAAAAAUCUCCUUUCUUUAUGAACUAACUUAAUCAAUAUUGCAUAAUUCGGUGAAAAUUAUCUGCUCGUAACAAUAGUUAAACUAAUUUCUCGAGCCCCUUGACUCGAUUCGUAAUGAAAUCGUAAAUUUGUUGCAUUAUAAAGAUCUUUACUCAAGUUUAACUAAAUAAAAUGCUAAAAGAAAGCGAUUUUCUGCGUUAAAAAACUUUCGUCGCAACUUUUGCUCUCUUCUAAGAAAAGUUUAAAACUGUAUCCCUCAGUGGUGAUAUUAUAUAAACUCCGUUGAUUUGACGAUUAAUUGAUCGUUGAAAUUAAUUUAUUUUAUAUUACUAGAUAUUUAAUGUUUAUAAUAACGUUAAAUUUUUUGUAAAGAAAAAUAUGACGCCAUCGUUAAUACAAAGAACUAACAUAUCAUAUUCUAAAGAUAUCAAUAAAAUUGUAAAAUAUAUUUUAUGAAAUGUUGAACUAAAAGAAUAACAAAAAGUGUAAGUACUUGGAAAGUUUUCCAUGGAUUAUACAUAUAUUUUCUUCGUGUACAAAUAUUUUAAUAUAUUGUAAGACAUUUUCCUUGCUAAUGCCACAUAAGUACUACAUGUUACAAAAUAUAGCGUCGAAUCAACGGAGUUUUCAUGUUGACGAUUUAAUCUAUUUCUAUUUCAUUCGCGUUCUCUUUCAGUAAAAUCGAUUUGUUGAUACCAAUCUUUCCAUAAAUAGACAAAGUAAAAUAAAAACAAAAAACAGUCAAACUGCAGUUUACGAAUCAUGUUAAAAAUCUAUAUUAAAUAUGUGAUUCGUGAGAAAGGAAAAAAGUAAUGCGGUCCUCGUUAUGAAUGAGCUUUUCCUAACUUAUUAUACGAACUAUUGAACUAUGCAUUAUAUUUUCGCACGUGCAUUACUAUAAGCAUAUAUUUAUUACAGACUAUAUAAAUAAAAAAAAUUAUAUAUUUAUAUUAUUACAGUUAUUUCGAUGAAAGAGUGCAGGAUAAUGUUAUCGGUAUAGAUAAAACUUUUAUUGUACGUGUGGUGACAGUCGAAAGAAAAGAUGAUAAAUAAAUGUGUUGGGAAAUUAAAGAUUUUAAAUUAUACCAAAAAAUGAAUCAAUUUUAUCAAUAAUUCAUCUUCCACUUGCUGCAGAAAUGUUUCAUCAUAAACAUCGAUACGCACCACAAUUUCAUUUGAGGUCAGUCAGACAUUGCAUUACGUUUCAAGUGUUGUUUAUUAAUAAAUUAAUAUUUUAAGAAAGAUGAAAAUUAUGUGCCACAUUUUGAAUCAAGCAUUUGUAUUACAGUGGUAGAAUCGGCGCUGCGCGAUUAAAAGAAAAAAAUUAACUAUGUUCAACGUCUUUCUUCGACCAGUGUACCGUGUAACUGUAAAUCAUAUCGCGACAGACAAUUGUGUUUUGAAAUGUAGAUUGUAAUGUUAUACAUAUCACUCAAUGCUACAUAUUAACAUGUCAUAAAUCAAGAAAUAAAAAAGAUGAACUCUUUGAAA